UGCUUUUGUGCGUUAACAGAAACCUCACUGCUGCUAUGUAGUGAUGGCACUUACACUGCCCAAACCCCAGAGAUUUUACAGAAUUUGAGAAGGGAAAACACCUAUAGGUUAUUUCUUUUUUUAUAAAUUACUUUGUCUGAGGUAGAGAAAAGCAUUGGUAUAGAGUAGCCUUUCAAAUACGGCAGUUGUUUACUUGCUGUGUCAGCAAUAUGUCUGAAAGAAAAGGCAUGCUCCGUAACCUGCAUUUCAAAGGUCACAGUGCUACUGCUCCAGGCUUCUGAAAAUCACGGUUUGAGACAGCAUCAUGGCUGGUUUGAAGAUUUGGUCUGUUUUGCAGGUUAUACUAUACCAUUUCUGUCAAAGAUGUAUCCCAAGUGGAAUUUCAACACACGUUGAAAUAGCACAUAGAGCUCUGGAAUUUUUCAUUAAGCGUGAAGGGAAUGUUAAUUAUAGACAGUUAUUACUAAACCACCAAGAUGCAUUUCAGGCUGGGAGCAUUUAUCCUGAUGCCUUUUAUCCUUCAAUCUGCAAAAGUGGAAUAUUCCAUGGUGUGUCUGAAGACACUCACUGGUCACCAUUUCUCAGUACAAGUAUUUACUACAUCAGAAGGAAAUAUCCUCAGCCAUGGGAAGAGGCUACAGAGAAGCUGGUGGCUUUCCUGUUUGGAAUUGCCUCACAUAUGGUGGCAGAUGUUAGCUGGCAUAGUCUGGGCAUCGACCAAGGAUUUCUAAGGGCCAUGGGAGAAAUUGAUUUUCAUGGUUCGUACUCAGAGGCUCACAGUGUUGGCGAUUUUGGAGGAGAUGUCCUGAGUCAGUUUGAGCUGGACUUCAGUUAUCUGGCAUCAAAUUGGUAUGUACCUGUCAAAGACCUAGCAGCUAUCUAUAAGGAGUUUUAUGGAAGAGAGAUCAUAACUGAAAGCACAAUUACUGACUGUACUUACCUGCUGUUUCUUGAACUGCAUGGAGAAAGGCUUGCUGUUGCCAAGCUUUUUCCAACAUAUGCUAGCAAAUCUCCAUUUCUGGUGGAGAAGUUCCACGAGUAUUUCCUCGGAGGAGUGGAUGACAUGGUGUUCUGGACAAACAAUAUUUUUGAGCUGACGAGCCAUAUGCUAGAGAAUGGAACCAGUGGCUGCUUCCUGCCUGAGAACCCUCUGUUUAUAAACUGCACAAGGGAGCACAAGGACAGCUAUGUAAACAAGCAAUCAAAAAAUGAACAUCACAAGAAUACAGCUUCUUUGCUUACAAAAACACUUGAAAAGAAUAUAAAUUAUACAGAGAGAGGAGUUCACUUCAACAUACAGUCUUGGGCAACAAACUCCCUCCGCUUGAUAAACCGUGCUUUUGCAACCAAUGUCUGGAAAACAUUAGCAGCUCCACAUGAAAAAUCUUCAUCUUCAUCAAAGUACAUCUCCAAACCAGCAGCUUCAUAUUUUCUGUCUUCACCCUAUGCUAGACUUGGAUGGGCAAUGGUCUCAGCUGACCUAAACCAGGACGGAUAUGAAGAUCUGGUGGUUGGAGCACCAGGGUACAGCACACUGGGCCAUGUUCAGAUAGGACGGGUGUACGUGGUCUAUGGCAACCAGUCAGGUUUGCCGCCAGAGGACAUGGAUCUAGAUGGGAAAGCUGACCAAGUACUGCAGGGUCAUCAGCCUUCAGGAAGAUUUGGUUCUGCCUUGGCAGUCCUUGACUUCAAUGAGGAUGGAGUGCCAGAUCUGGCAAUUGGCGCACCUUCUGUGGGAUCUCAGUUUCUUACUUACAAAGGUGCUGUGUAUGUCUAUUUUGGCAUGGAGGGAAGAGGCUUGGCAUCUCAACCAAACGUUACCAUAACUUGUCAGUACUCCUACUGUAAUCUUGGUUGGUCCCUCCUGGCAGCUGAUGUUGAUGGGGAUGGAAGUGCUGAUCUGGUUGUGGGGUCUCCAUAUGCACCUGGUGGUGGGCAGCAGAGAGGAUUUGUGGUUGCAUUUUACUCUUAUUUCAACAGGAGUGACCAAGGACUUCUGUCAGUAGAGGAUGCCAACUGGAUGGUGAAGGGCGAAGAAAACUAUGCUUGGUUUGGAUUUUCACUUGACAGCUGCCAGCUGGAGAACGUAACACUGCUGCUGAUUGGUAGCCCUACAUGGAAGAGUUGUGCUGGCUGCAAUCCCUCUUCAUCGGAUGUCAGACAGAGUGUUGGGAAGGUGUAUGGGUAUAACCCACCAAGCACAAAGCACUGGUUUGCAUUAACUGGAGACAAGGCAAUGGGCAGAAUGGGUUUGUCUUUGGCCAGUGGUGUGAUGUCUGUGGCUGGGAUCACAAGGACAGUUUUGGUGGUGGGUGCACCUACUGCAGAUAGCCUGUCUAGGAUUUCAUUUAUAUCCUCUGUGCUGCACCAAGCUGGACUGGCUCUGGUAUAUGAUCUGACAGACAGCGCCAAGCCUUCUUUGCUCAGCACAUUCAGUGGGGACAGGAGUAUUUCUCGCUUUGGAGGAGAUAUAUACUUAAGUGACCUGGAUAAUGAUGGACUAGAUGAAAUGAUUGUGACAUCCCCACUGCGAACUAGCAGUAUCACCACAAUACUGUUUGGUGGGGCAGCUGGCCGUGUUUACGUUUACAAUGGAAAGCAGACAUCCCUGGGGAAUGUGACAGACCACUGCAAAUCAUGGAUAUCUCCCUGUCCUGAGGACUGGGCACAGUAUGUCCUGAUUUCUCCUGAGGAAUUAUCAAGAUUUGGGAGUUCUGUUAUCACUGUUAAAGCUGAAAGAAAGAAAGAAGUUGUGGUGGCAGCAGAGAGAAGUUCAGCAAAAGCUCGACUUGGUGGAAGGGUUUUUGUCUACUCACUCUAAAAGUUCAUGGCAGCCUUUAAGACCAGGGCACAGCUGGUCAUUUAGUGAAGAAUCUCUUAGUAUCUGUGAUACUUUCCUUAACCCAUACAAACCAACAACCAUGCUGACCAUGUGACAGCAAACUUUUGAUAGAUAGAUGCCUCAGGAAGCUAGAUGGGGUCCUAGGUAGUAUUCAGGGAAGGAGGGAUGGUCACUGUUUUUAAGUGAAGGGGAAUAUGAGCAGUCACGGUGGUCUGACUUACAAACCAACCAAAGCUCUCUCAGUCAUAUAAAAGCACAAACUAAUUCUGUUGUGAGCAGUAGCAUCACUUAACCCAGAACAACCUAGUCUGAAAACCUUGAAGAGGCUGAAGUGAGCAGGCAGCUAGAGUGUGGUAGAAAUUUUUUGGCUGUAUAAGGAAUGUUCAGUGACCACCUUCUUUACUGGUCAGAUUUGAGUAUUUUCUUGACAAAACCUGGAAAGAAUAGCAAAUAAUUUACAACUCCUUGUAUAUGGCAAUACAGACAAGGAUUCUAAGCUAUCAAAAGUUGCUGUCAAAAUAACAGAGCUGCCCCACUUCCACGCUUAAGCCAGAUGAAAGGUGAGUGCCAACAAAAAGGGGUGCCUGUCUCUAGCAAUCCUUGGGGUGUAGAAUAGCUGCCAUCUCCCAGGGAGAGAAGCACAAGCAAACUAACGAAGUUUUAGGAAACGCUUUUGCACUCAUGGCUGAGAUGACUCUGAUAGCCUUCAUGUUUUCAUGUAAAAUUCCAUAACUGUUGUAGCUUAGAAUUUUUAACAGCUUUUAUUGUUAACAGUAUUGUCUUCAACUAAUUAACACUAAUUUUGUAUGAUGCAGGUUUAAGUGUGCAUCAAUUAUCUAUUAAACAACUUGAACAGCAA